AAGGCUUUGUGUUAGACAGUAGGGAUAUCAGUUGUUAUUACACGCCAGGUAUAAGGACAAAGACGACAAAGACCCCCUGACUCUAGGAGCUUGCUGAGGGAAACUACCAGGUCUGCAGAAGAAGAGACAGAAAGCAGACUUUUGGAGGGACCCCCAAAUGUAACAUUAAGCUUUUGAAGAGAAAUGAAAGUCCCAGUACUUCAGAAGUCCAAAAAGUUGUAACUGAUGAUCCAAAUACAGUUGGGAAGACUGACCCUAGAAUUGAGAAUUUCCUAAUAUCCUUGAAAAUCAGCAAGGAGAAUGAAGUACAGUAUGGUGGGGAAGCAACAACGAAUAAAGAACAUUUGUCACCACAGUCAUUUGCUAUGCUGCCUAUAUGAAUAAGCCUCAUAAUCCAGGGGAUUGUCAUAGUGCUCAAGCAAUGGACAACUUAGGCCGACCUGUCCUCCCUCAGCAGCCGCCUUUGUCCACGCCAGUAUCAGAGCUUUCUCGACUUUGUUCUCUUGUUGGAAUGCCACAACCAGAUUUCACCUUUCUCAGAACGCCACAGGUUACAAAGAAAAGAGCUGCAAACAAAAGGAACGAUGAGUGUAAGGGAGCCCAGGGUUGUUCUUCUCAGGCUGUCGCUCUUCAACCAGCAUCUGCAGGGCUUUCAGAAAGUGCCCAGUUAACUUCACAGGAGAGUUCAUCAUCCUCAAAGUCACCUCAAGUUCCUCCUCCUGCAGUUUCUUUUCAAGACAGAGUAGCCUCUUCAGGCUCUGGUACCUCUCGUGGUAAAUCAGCACCAGGUUCUUCGAGACGAAAACCGAGGAAACUGGCAGUUAACUUUGGUGUUUCUAAACCAUCAGAAUAAUUAUGGUAUUUAGGGUUCAAUUCAUGUUUCCUUUACAACUUCCCCAAACUUUUUUUAAAAGGAUCUCUUUGUCUUAUUUUU